AUGUGGCAUAUCCGAGUUGCUAAUGCUGGCACUAUUUUCAGCGCUGUCGUCUCUCCCGCCAGGUCCUGCAUCCUCAGCGAGGUGUCCACGCGCUCCCGCUCCAAGCUGCCUUCGGGGAAGAACGUGCUCCUGCUGGGUGAAGAUGGAGCAGGUAAAACGAGCUUAAUAGGAAAAAUUCAAGGAAUAGAAGAAUACAAAAAAGGAAGAGGAAUGGAGUAUUUGUAUUUGAAUGUGCACGAUGAAGAUCGAGAUGAUCAAACAAGAUGUAAUGUGUGGAUCUUGGACGGUGACCUAUAUCACAAAGGUCUUCUUAAAUUUGCAAUGGAGGCAAGCUCUCUAAAGGACACUCUGGUUAUGCUGGUAGUAGACAUGUCUAGGCCUUGGACUGCACUGGAUUCUUUACAAAAAUGGGCAAGUGUUGUAAGAGAGCACAUCGACAAGUUAAAAAUUCCUCCUGAAGAAAUGAAAGAAAUGGAACAAAAGUUGGUAAGAGACUUCCAGGAAUAUGUAGAACCAGGCGAGGAUUUUCCAGCUUCUCCACAGAGAAGAAAUACUUCAUUACAGGAAGACAAAGAUGACAGUGUGAUUUUACCCCUGGGUGCAGAUACACUAACAUGUAACUUAGGCAUUCCAGUAGUAGUAGUUUGUACAAAGUGUGAUGCCAUCAGUGUGCUGGAAAAGGAGCAUGACUACAGGGAUGAACACUUUGACUUCAUUCAAUCACAUAUCCGACGGUUUUGCUUACAAUAUGGGGCAGCACUUAUUUACACUUCAGUAAAGGAAAACAAAAACAUUGAUUUAGUAUAUAAAUAUAUAGUUCAGAAAUUAUAUGGAUUUCCUUUCAAUGUUCCAGCUGCUGUUGUGGAAAAAGACGCUGUAUUUAUUCCUGCAGGUUGGGAUAAUGACAAGAAGAUAGGAAUAUUGCAUGAAAACUUUCAGACGCUAAAAGUGGAAGACAGUUUUGAAGAUAUCAUAACAAAGCCACCAGUCAGGAAGUUUGUUCAUGAAAAGGAAAUUGUAGCAGAAGACGACCAAGUAUUUCUUAUGAAACAACAGUCGCAGCUGGCGAAACAACCACCUGCAGCAGGAAGACCAGUGGAUGCCUCACCAAGAGUUCCUGGAGGGUCUCCUAGGACACCAAAUAGAUCCGUAACAUCCAAUGUUGCCAGUGUUACACCUAUCCCUACUGGGUCGAAAAAAAUUGAUCCCAAUAUGAAAGCUGGAGCUACUAGUGAAGGAGUCCUGGCCAACUUCUUCAAUAGUCUGCUGAGUAAGAAAACUGGUUCCCCCGGUGGCCCCGGUGGUGUUGGUGGCAGUCCUGGAGGAGGUGGCACUGGAGGUCCUGGGAGCAAUUUACCACCAUCAGCAAAAAAGUCAGGCCAGAAGCCAGUUCUAACAGAUGUGCAGGCAGAAUUGGACAGAAUUUCACGAAAACCUGAAAUGGUCUCUCCUACAACACCUACAUCUCCUGCAGAAGGUGAAGCCUCCUGAAGACACCAAAUAGAAGCAAUUGUUCAGUUUUUGGGAUAAAUUCAAACUUGCCUCGGCCUCUUCCUUCAGUGACUGGAACUAAAGAGCUGAAACUUUUUUUUUCUUUUCAGAGAACACAAGCAGUUGAUGUCUCUCAUAUGCGUUGCCCAGCUUUACAAAAAGGAGCCGUACAGACUGAAAACAGUAUCACACCACGUAGGACUACUGCUCACAGUGCAGCGAUAGUAAAUUUUUUUUCAGGGUUUUGUUGGAAAGUCGGUGUAAUUCUGUAAAUUUGAAAAUGUGUCCACUUUACCUGAAGUUAGAGGUUGUUUAGAUUGGGAAAACUGAUACACACCACAGGCACUUAAUUUAUAUUGAUCUCCUGACCUGUUAGUCAAGUUUAAUACCAUCUUAAAUAGAUUAACCUCUAAAGGUGAGAACUACUCUGAGUUUUAUGGAAGAGAAAAUGAUAAAUUGCACAAAACUGUAACAGCAACAACAAUAAAGUCCAAAUAUAUUUGAACACUUCAUUUGGAAUAUGGUUGCAAAUCUGUUUCCUCUCCCUUUAUACUGAAAAAAAAAAAAAUCCAAGAAACUCAUUUCAGAAUGCAAGACCUGAAAUUAAUGGCCGGCCUGAUUUUUUUGAUUAAUUUCAGACACUGAAAAAAAAAAUGUAUAAAUAAAAAGCGGAGGUUAAAUGUACAGAUUAUCGGUAUCCAGAUUUGUCUAUAUAUGUGGCUCAGCCUUAAUAUCCCCCUUUUGUUUCUCACACUAGUUAUGGUUUAAAAUUGGUCAUCAGAACUGUAAUCUGUUAAUAAAGUAUUCUCUGCAUUCAAAUUUAAAUAACUUU